AUGGCACCCAAGAAAAACCUCAAGAAAAAGAAGCGAACAGCCCGAAAAUCGCUGAAUCGAAGAGUGAGCAGGGCCGCGAGGCUCGCUAUCCUCCAGGAAGAACCAGCUAGUAUGAAAACAGAUGCCGACGAAUUCGACCAAGAUGCUAUCGAGUGUGGCAUACGACUUUCUUUGUUGGAACAGCAGCCUUCUCAACAGGACAACAACAAGAAGAAAGACGACGACAACGAGUCCUCCUCCGAAGACGGCGACCCGGAAUCUUCCGGGCCGGAAGACCCAGCAAGCAUGAAAAUGGAUCCCUAUGAUGAAGAGGCCGUAGAACGGGCUAUCAAACUUUCUCUAUUGGAACAGAAAUCUUCGAAGAAGGACGAAAAGAAGAAGAAAGACAAAGAAGACAACAAAGAGUAA